AUGUGUAUCGGAACCCAGAUAUUGCUUGUGCUUUUAGUGCAUGUGGUGUCCUCGAUCCCUUCUGGCUGCCCAGAGCGCUGUGUGUGUGAUGACCAGCAUGUUGUCCAGUGCGUUGAACAAGAUCUCUGCAGAUUCCCAACAGGACUCCCGCUGACCACCCGCCAGCUCAUCCUGUCCAACAACCGAAUCUCUGAUUUACCUGCACUUGAGCUCAAUUUCCUGUCAGACCUCAUGUAUCUGGACUGCAGCAACAACUCUCUCACACACAUAUCUGAAUCCACAUUUGCAAACCUGAGGAAGUUGGCAUAUCUGGACCUGUCUUUUAAUUCCUUGGGUAAGAUUGAGGAGCAGACCUUCAGAGCGCUGGAGAGCCUGGUGAUGUUGAGACUGACGGAUAACCCCAGGCUGUCAGAAUUUCACCCUCAGGCUUUUCCGCACACCAGUGCUAUUCAGGUGCUGGACAUCAGCAGGAACAACCUGAGCAGACUUAAUGUGAGCUCCCUCAUGGCACUCGGCGGGCUCAGGUCUCUCGGGCUGAGCGGGAACCCGUGGCUGUGUGCCUGCGACACGGAAGAGCUCUGCUUAUGGAUGCACACAGACACCGUUAAAUUUCAAGAAGAGGGACAGACAGUGUGUGAAGGUCCUUCAUUCUUACGGGGGCAGCAUCUCUCGGAGUUGGGCCUUUGGCUGAGAAGACAUUGCCAUCCAGGACUGAGUCACCAGGACUACCUGUUCUUUGUGGCCAUUGGUUUUGUCAUCUUUGGAGUAGGCACUGUACUGGCUUGGGUAGCCGGCAUGGUGAUAGUGCUCUGCCAACGCUGUGUUAGAUGGAGGAAGGCUAGACCAAAUGUGGAAGCAAACGAAGGGGAAAAUAAAAGUGGGAUAACAGAGAAAAGUGGUUAAGGGGACUUGAGAAAUACCUGAACUAUAGCAUAAACCUGAGUCUGGUCCUGUAACGAGUGUUGACUGGGAACAUUAUGACAGAAAGUAAGGUGACAAUUGUUUUCCUCAUGAUUAUGAGCCAGUUGACAUAGGGCGAAAGCUGAGGUAAAAGUAAAAAGGAAGGCAUCAAAUUGUAUCACAUCCUGUCAACUGAGAUACCUUCAUCUUCAGAAUUUCUGAAGGCAGCAUAGAUGUAUCCUUCACUGCCUUUGAUUUGAU